GGCAGAGAUAAAACAGGUAUACCACCAAAGGCGAUCGGGAAAACGAUCAGAGUGAGUCGUUGUUACAGAGAGCUUUGAGUAUUUAAGCGGAGAAGAGGGUUCAUUCCAAACUCAACCUCUUUCUUUGCUAGUGUUUUCAUUAGAUCUUUCAUAUAAACUACACAUUUCUGUUACAUUUUGUAAAUAAAAAAAAAAUAUAUACUUAUAUAUAUAAAUAAAUAAAUACAGAACCCCGGCCUUCAAGAUGGGAUUUGACAGAGAACUGGAGAUGGGGGAUUACAAAGCCGAGGGGGCUAAGCCGGCGGCCAAUAAGGGAGAGGUGGAUGAUUGGCUUCCGGUGGGCUCCCAACGUUCUGGGAAGUGGUGGUAUUCCACCUUCCACAAUGUCACCGCCAUGGUCGGCGCCGGAAUUCUUAGCCUCCCUUACGCCAUGUCCGAGAUGGGAUGGGGACCUGGAGUGGCAAUGAUGAUACUAUCAUGGGCGAUAACACUAUACACGCUCUACCAGAUGGUGGAGAUGCACGAGUGUGUACCCGGGAAGAGAUUCGACCGGUACCACGAGCUAGGACAGGCGGCGUUCGGGCCGAAACUAGGGCUCUGGAUCGUGGUGCCCCAACAGGCUCUAGUGGAGAUCAGUCUCUGCAUCAUCUACAUGGUCACCGGCGGCUCCUCAAUCAAGAAAGUCGUCGAGCUUCUCUGCCAUGACUGCAAGCCCAUCAAGCUCUCCUACUACAUCCUCAUCUUCUCCGUCGGCCAAUUCAUAGCCUCCUUCCUCCCCAACUUCAACUCCAUCUCCUUCGUCUCCCUCCUCGCGGCGAUCAUGUCGGUCUCCUACUCCACCAUCGCCUGGGGGUCGGCGCUGCACAAGUGGAUCGAGUCGCACGCGGUGGACUACGGGCCGAGGUCGCAUAAAAAGACGGACAAUGUGUUCAUGUUCAUGAGCGCUUUGGGGGACAUGGCGUUCUCGUACGCCGGGCAUAAUGUGGUUUUGGAGAUCCAGGCGACUAUCCCCUCCACCCCUGACAACCCUUCCAAGAAGGCCAUGUGGAAAGGUGUGGUUAUUGCUUAUGUAGUUGUGGCUAUGUGUUAUUGGCCCGUUGCCUUCAUUGGCUACCUCGCCUUGGGCAACCAAGUCAGCGACAACAUCCUUCUCACCCUCGAAAAGCCCGUUUGGCUCAUCGCUGCUGCUAACAUUUUUGUGGUUGUCCAUGUUGUCGGAAGCUACCAGGUCUAUGCCAUGCUUAUGUUUGAUAUGAUUGAAACAUUUUGUGUCAAGACCUUGAAAUUCAAGCCCACCAAAACCCUUCGGUUUGUAACUAGGAACCUAUUUGUUGCGUUCACACUCUUUGUGGGCAUAUCAGUGCCUUUCUUUGGCGGUCUACUUGGAUUUUUUGGUGGCUUUGCGUUCGCUCCAACCACAUACUAUAUUCCUUGCAUCAUGUGGCUAAUUCUCAUGAAACCUAAGAAGUUUGGAUUAUCUUGGUGUAUGAAUUGGACAUUUAUUGUGAUUGGUAUUUUGUUGACGAUUCUGGCUCCUAUCGGUGGAUUGUGGAGUAUUGUCAAAUCUGCCAAAACUUAUCACUUCUACCAAUGAUGAUCAUUCUAACUUCUCAGACAACUAUUUUAUAGUCCGAUUACUUGGAAAGAUCACACCGGCAAACAUACAGAGGAUAUUUAGUUUAUAGUCCUCUAUUACAGGAAAUAAAGUUUGAUGCUGUGGACCCCUCUGUUCCUAUUUGAGAACGACAGGGGGAAGGCUAUGUUAGUCAUUUAUAUUUUAUAUUCUCCUUUUGUACUUCUUCUUGAUCUUGUUGUGUUUAUGUUUCAGUAUGACCUUUUCCAUGUGAUGAUAAUAAAAUAAUAAACUUCUCUGAUCUUCUCCCAAUU